CACAAACAAAAGAGUAGUAGGUUCUUUACUAUCAGAUAUAUCAUACCGGCUUCGAAGAGGUCUUAUUAGUCACCAACAACUACGUGACAACGCAUGUCCUACCCCUGCUCUGGUAGUAGAAAUUGGAGUUUUAGGUUUUAAGUGUGUAAUUUUAAUAUGACGACAAAAAGUGACUUUCCUGCAGGAAGACGUAACAGUGUGACCUUUAACCUUAAAGAUGAAGCCUACCGGACACGGACUCCUAGUGUAGGGAAGAGAGAGAACCAGCCAAUCCGGGUGUCUAGUUCUGGGAAAGUGAAAUCGACAGAAUAUGCACACUCCGACACAAGUAGUGUCAUUUCUAAUUCAUUUCCUAAGAAAUUUCACAAGAUCAGAGGACCGAAUCGGCAACAUCAGCUUCCAGAUCGAACUAUUAAGAGUCCGAAUGUAAGUUUGCGGCCUCAACAUAAUAUUAAUUAUGAAAAUACAUAUCGACUAUCGCCGAACAAAAACAGCGUUUUUGAUGAUGCUAAAAUAUCACCAAUCAUUGAACGUGUUUUGACUGAAAACUUACAAGGCAUGGAGUACGAGCACGAUAAGUGCCAACAAAUGUGCAUCCAUCUUGCGGAAUUGAUCAAAGAGGAAGUCAAAGCGUCUGGACUUCAAAGAUACAAACUGAUCACGCAUGUUAUUAUUUUUGAGGACAAGAAGCAAAGUUUUCAUUACGGAAGUCGGUGUCUUUGGGAUCCAAAUUUUGAUAACUACGCCACGGCGUCAUUCACGUGUCUCGGAUACCGAGCCGUGGGGGCGUGUUUUGCGACGUACUAUGACUAAAAGUCCAUGAGUCAGACUCGGUGAAUCGGAAGGGUGGACUUAGUCUUUCAAAAGUGUUAGUGUACCAUAAUUUUGUGAAUGUUAUAAAUGGAAUUAAAGUUAAUUGUAGCUAUCAUUUUCAAUUAAAAUAUAUGUUAUUUAAAAAA